AUGGCCGCAGUCACGCAUUGUAAAAACGUCGAUAAGUGUUGCAGAACUUGUUUGAAUGAUGCAUCAAUUAAAAUGUACGAUAUUUUUUCUGAAGCCACAGGGAAUAUUAACGCAGCACAGAUUUUAACCCUGUGUACAAAAUUAAAGAUAGACAAAGAUGAUGGUCUGCCAAAGAAACUAUGUGGCAGUUGUUACAACUGUCUUAUGAGCUUCUACGAUUUCCGGAAUCUCGCUGAGAAAAUUGACAAUGAACUACAUUGCUGUUUGGAGAGCAAUGGGACCCAAGGCCAUAAUGAAACUGAAUCUAAACACUUAGUUGUAGAUAUCAAAAUUGAACAAGACAAUAGCAGUCUGAGUGAUGAUUAUGAUAACGAACCAAACUGUGACGAUAUACUUAUAAAAGAAGAGAAAUAUGAACUAGAAUCAAAACCCUACUUAUGUACUAUAUGCUUAAAUAACUUUGACAAUGUAACUGAGCUUCAUAAACAUUUAAAAAUACAUGAUAGUUGUCUAAAAUGUAACAUCUGCAAUAAAAAGUUUAAGAAAGUCGCAAAAUUGGAGCAGCAUAAACUAAAACAUGAAAAUAAACAAAUUUAUUCAUGCCAGAUUUGCAAAGAUACUUUUAAAGACCAUAUUAAAUAUGUUAAGCAUCUUGUUAAACAUGGUAAAGAUAAAAACGAAAUGAUUUCUACAGAGAUAAAUCAGAAUUGUAACGAAUCUGUGGAAUGUGAAGUGUGCUCCGCUAAUUUUAAGUCUAUAAAUGCACUAGCAGCUCACAAACGAAAACAUGCAAAAAAAGGACGGAUAUUAGCAUGUUCAAUUUGCGGUAAAAUCUUUAAGAAAGUUAGUCAUGUGAAGAGACACGAGCUUUGUCAUGAAGUAAACCGACCUUUUAAAUGUGCGAGAUGUCCAAAGAGGUUUAACACGGAAAGUUUGUUAAAUGAGCAUACAGACAGGCAUAACAACAUUAAGCCACAUGAAUGUCCAAUUUGUUUAAAGACAUUUGCUCAUGUUACUACAUUGACAAAUCAUAUAAAAUUGCACACACGGGAUAAACCGUUCUUGUGUCAAACUUGUGGGAAAAAGUUUGAUUCUAGCACAAAUCUUAAUCAACAUAUGAGAAGACAUUUAGGUCUAAAAGUAUUUAGUUGUAAUGAAUGUCCUAGAAAGUUUGUUAGCAAAGGAGAACUAAAAUCUCACACUACAACUCAUUCCGGUGAGCGAUCACAUACAUGUGAUCAAUGUGGAUCGAUGUUCACUAAACGUAGCUCUUUGGAACAACAUAAACUGAGACAUGCAGGAGUCAAGCCACAUCAAUGUGACACUUGUCCUAUGAAGUUCACAACCAAGGACCACUUGAAGCGUCACUACAGGAUCCAUACAGGCGAAAAACCUUACAAGUGCAACAUGUGUGAUCGCGCCUUUACACAGAGUACUGAUCUUAUCAAACAUAAACGAUCACAUCUAGGAGAAAAGAUUUACAAGUGCACAGAAUGCUCAGAAAGUUUUCGUCUUCAAACGGAAUUACGUCAACAUGUUUCUGAACAUUUCAAAUCCCUACAAAAAAAUCAGGAUAUAAAAUAAUGAAAACAAAAAAGCAUCUACAAGUGUCAUUCGUCAACAAAACGCCAGAUGGCGCCAAAGGGCCAAUGAUUACAAACAAGAUUUUACAUGCUGCUCAAAGCGACAAUUGUUGUAAAUGCUUGCCUAAUUUUAAAAGCAAGAAAACAAAAAAUCGUGGAAUUACAUCUGUUUGCCAAGUUUUAUUGGAAUCGGUUACUGGAAAGUGCGCGAAACCGGAUUCAUCCCCUAGUAUGCCAUCCUUAGAGGUAGAAAUGAAAAGUUUAUGUAGCGGGAAUUUAGAUAUCAGAGUUAUAAAGAAAUGUUAAUAAUUAUUUGUGAAGUGACAGAAGUCGUGGUAACUUAAUUGCCUCUGAAGCAAAGGCCGCCGGUUCGAAUACGGGCUCGCACCUCUGAGUUUUCGGAAUUUACGUUCGAAAUUUAAUUUAAAAUUGACCUUGAGCUUUUCGGUAAAGGAAAAUAUCACGAUGAAACCUGCACGUCGACAAAGGUUAACAACCC